CUCCCGGGUUGCCCGCUCCCGCCCUGGGGCCGGGCUGCUCCGGGCCUGCCUCCCCUGGGCUGUGUGCGCGGGAGGGUGCCUGUAGUCUCACGGCCCUGCCUCCCUCGGUGAUCCGGGGGCAGCUGGGUGGGAUCCCCUCUCGGACGCCUGUGCCCUGGCUCGAAGCCUUUCCAGCAGACGUGUCUGGCUGUGUAGGGCGUGUUCUCCUGCGCUCUGAGACCGCGGACGUUAAGGCUAGAGGGGACCAUCUAGUCUGGCCUCUGUCCUGCACAGUGCAGGCCCAGAACCUCGCCCCUGCACACACCUUCAGCUGCUUUGUGUCCCUCGGGCUGCAGAUUGUGUUGUCUUCCUGCCUGCCCCUCUUGUGGUUUCGCAGAAAUGACUGACCCGGACCCUAAACGGUUGUGGGGCAGACACCCAGCUAUGCUUGGCUGCUCCCCCAUGCAGUGCAUGUACAGCAAAAACUCACAGUCAAGAUAACGUAGCUGCAUUGUCACCCGGGCCUUAUGAGUAUGCGGGCAUACUGUAAGCUACCUAUUUUACAGCUGGGGAAGUAUUCUGGAACACUUGCACUUUUCUAGUGCCUUCCAUGUGAGGAUGCUCUCCCAAUAGUAACUAGGCUUGGAGAAGCCCUUGGAGAAGCAGGUACAUAUUUGACAAACGGGGGGACUGAAACAGCUGAAGUGCAGUGCCUUGCCCAAAGCUGUGGUAGUGCUAGAAAGAUUCCAGAUUUUAGGAAUCCUGGUUUUGUUCUUUAACCACUAGGUACCACUCACUCACACAAUGGCAAAGAGUAAUAUGCAAACAAGAAUUGAAUUAGAAAGUUGGGCUAGACUUAUUUAUACAAUGGUAUCUUUGAUCUUGCUCUCCAAUUUCAGACUUUAGUCAAUGGUUGGCUUAGAGUGCAAAAGGAGGAUUUUCCCCCCGCAGCUAAUUCUGCAAAAACCAGCAACCAAGUGAUAGCAAGAGUGCAAGACCAGUUCGUAAGCGAAAGAAGAUUGAUUUAGAGCAGAAAAUGAAAAUAGUGAAAAAGUAUGAAGGUGGACAAAGUCUGUCAUCAAUUGCUCGUGAACUCGAUUUGGCUACCUCAACAGUGAAAAGUAUUUUGAAUGACAGUGCACGCAUAAAAGAGCAUAUGAAAGGGUCUGCUCUUUUAAAAUCAACAGUCAUAACAAAGCAGCGUUCUGGUGCUAUCUAUGAAAUGGAAAAGUUAUUAACAAUGUGGAUGGAAGAUCAGAUUCAAAAACGUGUGCCGCUUAGCCUAAUGAUUAUUCAAGCGAAGGCUAAAAGUAUUUUUGAAGACGUAAAGGGAAAAUACAGUGAUCCUAACGCAAAGUUUGUGGCUAGUCAUGGGUGGUUUAAUAGAUUUAAACAACGUGCAAAUUUUCACAAUGUAAAAGUGAGUGGUGAGGUUGCUAGUGCAGAUAAAAAAGCAGCUGAAAAGUAUCCCGAAGUGUUACGAAAACUUAUAGAAGAAUAUGGUUAUACAGCCCAGCAAAUCUUUAACGUCGACGAAACUGGAUUGUUUUGGAAAAAAAUGCCAGACAGAGCAUACAUUUCAAAAGAGGAAAAGAUGAUUGCAGGGUUUAAGGCUUCGAAAGAUAGGCUAACACUUUUGCUUGGGAGUAAUGCAGCUGGAGAUUGCAAAUUGAAACCGUUGCUUGUUUAUCAUUCAGAAAAUCCCUGUGCGUUUAAAGGCAUUAGCAAGGCUACCCUUCCAGUUCAUUUCCGUUCAAAUCGAAAGGCUUGGAUCACAAUGGCACUUUUCAAAGACUGGUUUAUAAAUUUGUUUAUCCCUGAAGUGGAAAAAUUCUGCAGAGAAAACGACAUCCCAUUCAAGAUUAUGCUUAUCGUCGAUAAUGCUCCUGGACAUCCCGCACAUUUAGACGACUUUCACCCUAAUGUAAAAGUCGUGUUUCUACCUCCUAACACGACGUCACUCCUACAGCCCAUGGAUAAGGGGGUCAUUGCUAAUUUUAAAGCCUAUUAUCUACGAAGAACAUUUGCACAGGCAGUAGAAGCAACUGGCAGAGAGACUGGCAAGACUUUAUGCGAUUUUUGGAAAUCGUAUAACAUUUACCACGCCAUCAUAAACAUUGCUAAGGCCUGGGCAGAGGUUACCCAAGUUUGUUUGAAUGCCGUAUGGAAGAAAGCGUGCCCACAGUUUGUACGCAGCUUUAAAGGUUUUGAAAAAGAUGAAACAUAUGAGAAGGUGGCAGAUGAAAUUGUGAAGCUUGCCGAGCAGCUUGAGCUGGAGGUUGAUGUUGGUGAUGUGGAUGAGCUUAUCGAAUCCCAUGGAGCUGAAUUAUCAAAUGAGGAUCUCAUGGAAUUAGAAGCAGCAAAAGUAAAAGAGCAGGCUGAAGCUGAGGAUGAAGUUGAAGAAGUAGAAGAGCCACGACACUUCAACACCAAGGAGAUGGCACUUGCAUUUCGUGAGAUUGACUCUGCAAUGGCAAGAUUUGAGAAGAUGGACCCCAAUUCCUCACGAUUCUUGAAAGUGAACAGAGGCAUUGACGAAACGCUGGCCUGUUAUAGACAGAUAUACGAAGAGAAGAAAAAGGCCACUAUCCAGUCAUCUCUCGAUAAGUUUGUAAGGAAGGUUGAGAGGUCUGCAACAUCCACCUCUCCACAGCCUUCCACCUCCAAAGCCCCUCUAAUGUCCCUGAUGAUGUAAUGCCUGUCUCCUCCUCUCUUUCCUCAUUUACAAAUUAAGCCCAUUGUCAUCCACCAUCAAAAUGCAGCCUUCAGUGUGCCAGGAUAACAAUAGGAUUAAGGUACAUGCAAUAUUUUUUGUUUUUGUUUUUUUUAUGCUUGCACAAUAUAUGUUUCCAUUUUACGUAAAAUUGGGGUUACGCAAGGCUUUCCAAAAUGGAAUGAUUGCGUAGGUCGGGGAGGGUCUGUAGUGUAAUAAGAAAGAUAAAAUAUAACAGUGAUGCUUUUAUUAUCACUUAAUUUUUUAGCCUAGUUAGUUUAACUAGUCUUUAUCAGUUUGCUUUUCACUGUCCACUCGCUCACUUCUCCUUAAAUUAUUCAAGGAUUUUAAAUGCUGUAUACUUAGAACCUGAUGCUGAAAGGUGAUUUCACUGGAAGUUGAGCGUGCAAAGCAGCUUGCAUGAGGUCCUCUGCAUAGAAAUGUUGCUACUAAUAAAGUUAUUAUGCAACCUAAGAAACAGUCUUCUGUGUAAGUCUUGGUGAGAUUAAGAAUGAUGGACAGUUGUAUUACAAAACUUCAGUUUAAAUGCUUUGAGGUUUAUUCAAAGAGGCUCUGUGCAAACAAAUUCAGAUCAUGCAAAAACUCAAGUAGCCUUGAAGUCUUUGUUUACAGAUAUGCCUCCAAAGACAGUCAUGUGUGGAAAAGAACCUGGGGGAAUUGGAAAAUAGAUAGUGACGUCCUGCCGUAGGACCCAGUGAGACCGAAAGAGUUCAAGAAGGGAGAUGCUAGCUUCCCAUUGGAAAAAAUCUCUAUGUGAAAUCUGGGGCCAAAUUAUGCCCUCAGUUAUACUGGUGUAAAACCACUGAUUUAUUUGGCUACGCUGAAAUUACUCCAGGUUUACUCCAGUGUUACUGAAGGCAACAUUUGGCCUUAUGUUCUUAAUACUAUCUGUAUAUUGUGUGAAUAUAGUAGUUUCUUAAGUGUAGUCCUCUAAAAAGGGUUACUGUGUCUAGCCAGGCUAUGAUUACUAAGGUGUAGCUGUAUUACAAAAAAUACAUGUAUCUUCCAAAGAGCUCAAGAAAAUCCUCUUGGAAUAGUUUGUCAUUGUGACAAAUUUUCCCCCUUGUUCAUACUCCAGUGAGAGAAUAACAAGACUAUUUGUACUAAAGAUAAAAUGAGGUACCUGAUUACUUUUUUAAAUGAAAUGAAAGAUAAUUGCUUUUAAAAUUACUUAUAUACUUGAGUAUUUAUAUAAUGUUGGAGUUCUUUCAUCUCUUCGUAUUUUGUAUAUUUAUCAUUUUCCUUGUUUAUAUUUAUUUCACUGCUUGAAUAAAAGUUGCUAUUUAUGCAGGUACCAUUUUACCCUCUAUACCACAGUUAUAAUUUCAUUAAGCAUUAGGCCCUAGUUAAAUGUACAGUACAAGGUUGGCCAGUUCACUUUGCCUGGGAAAAGAACCUCACAGUUUCCAUACACUCUGGGUUCAAUCAUGUUCUCACUGAAGUAUAUGGCAAAACUGCCAUUGGCUUCAACAAGAGCAGGAUUGGAGCCCAUAUGUACAUUUUCCUUUUCUGUUAGCUAUAUAAAGAACCAAAGCAUUUAUGUCUAGUCAGACUAGAAAAAGAUUGAUGGAUACUUUCUCUAAUCUAUUUUUAACGAUCUAAUCUAUGGCUUUUACUGUGCUAAUCACCGUGGUGGUGGUUGUACAUGCAUUAUCACAACCAUCAGCAGACAAAAUAUAAUUUGGUCCUAAUCAGCGAUAUAAAACAUAACUGUCUUCACCAGAACCCAUUCCCCCUUCCGGCAGCUGGGAUCUUCAUGGGAAGCCACUGUUCUUCCGUUCCCCCUCCACCUUCAGGGAUGUCUUUCGCUGUCCUCACCUGUGGCACCAGGAUCUCCUCUGGUGACAGACUCCCUGACCAGCCCCAGGGUUCAGUCUUCAAGAGUCGGAUCUUUUUCCACCCUGCAAAAGAUAGGGCCUUGUAUGGGAUUUAGAGGGUGGGGAAGGAUAGCUUUUGUUCUGGUUAAUUUUAAGAUUUGGUUUGUUUAACAUUAUUCAACACAGAAUAUUUUUAAUAAUUACUUCCGGUUUCUUUUUGAAGGACUAUUUUUUCGAAAGAGUGGAAUAACACCCAGGAAAGCAGCGUUGAGGCUGCAAGUAACAAACAAGCAAUGCUUCUGAAAGCAUAAUAAAAGCUCUGUUGUGCAGUAGCUAGGGCCCUAUCAAAUUCAUGGUUCAUUUUGGUCAGUUUUGUGGUCAUGGGAUUUUUAAAACAGUAAAUUUCAUGAUUUGGGCUAUUUAAAUCUGAAAUUUCACAGUGUUGUAAUUGUAGGGGCCCUGACCCAAAAAGGAGUUGUGGGAGGGUUGUGUACUGCUACCCUUACUUCUGUUCUGCUGCUGGUGGCAGCUGCCUUCAGAGCUGGAGAGCGGCGGCUGCUGGCUGGGAGCCCAACUCUGAAGGCAGAGCCACCACCCCCAGCAGCAAUGUAGAAGUAAGGAUGUCAUGGUACGGUAUUGCCACCCUUACUUCUCUGCUGCUGCUGGCGGGGCGCUGCCUUCAGAGCGGGGCACCUGGACAACAGCCGCUGCUCUCUGGCCACCCAGAUCUGAAGGCGGUGCAGAAGUAAGGGUGGUAAUACCAUGACCCACCUAAAAUAACCUUGUGACCUCCCCAAUAAAUCCCUUUUGGGUCAGGACCCCCAAUUUGAGAAACACUGGUCUCCCCUGUGAAAUCUGCAUAGUAUAGCUUAAAAGCCCACCCAAAAAAACAGAUUUGACAGGAGGAGACCAGAUUUCAAGGUCUGUUACGCAUUUUUCAUGGCCUAGAAUUUGGUAGGGCCCUAGCAAUAGCUAAUAACAUUUUGAUAGUGGUACUAAAGAAAACAUUUCAAUCCAUGUAUCAAAGUGAUUAAUCUGUAGUCAGAUGUUAGAAGGUAACAAGGAAAAAUAAACAAUGUGGACCUAUUACAGUGCAAUAGGUUUGUGAUCAAUUUAAAAUAUAUUUAAACUACCUGCUAAUUUUAAGAAAUUACUUAAAAAUGUAAAAUAGAAGACUUCCUAUAUGAGAGCUUCAGGUCUCAGUUUGUUCAGCGUAGCUUACAGCAAAGUCUCAGCCCUAGCAUCAGAGGAACAGAAGAAUUGCUAUACUUGAUCAGACCCAUGGUCCUUUUAAUCCAGUAUCCAGUUUUUGAUAGUGGCCAUUACCAAAUGCUUCAGAGGAAGGUGUAUGAAAUAUUUUAGAAGAAUUAUGGAAUAACCUUCUAACAGAGAAAGUUUCUUCCUAAUACCUCUCAUGUAGUGGUUGGCUUAUGCCCUGAAGCAUGAUGAUUUAUAUCUUUUCCAAACUUUAGGGUUUUUUAAACUCUGUACUAUUUUACCUCUGGGUGUUCUCAUUAUAUCUAUAUAAAUAUCUAUUCUUUUGGCUUCAAUGAUAUAUUGUGGCAAUGAGUUGCACAGGAUAAUUGUAUGUGUAAUUUUUUUUCAGUGUAAAGUGCUGACUUUGGAGUUCACGGAAUGUCUCUGUUCUUUUAUUAUGAGAAAGAUCAAGCUCUUUGAUUCACCCUAUCAUCUCUAGAUUAUUAAUUAUUUAGUAUACCUUUACCCUGUCCCCUCUAAUUUGUCUACUCUCUAAAGUAAACAGCCUUAAUCUUUUCAAGUGGGGUGUGUGUGUCGGGGUGUGUGUUGUAUAACAAAUACUGGAGCUGCAGAGAGA